UUUCCAGAGCAAUACAUACUGUUCUCUCACUCCAGCAUGGCUUCCAGGAAUGGCAGCGAUCAAACAGACAGCAGGAGACCGGAGGGAGGGAGACCAUCGGUGGAAAUGGCAUCAGAGGACCAAGUAGCUCAGCAAACUGAGGAAGUGUUCCAAAGCUAUGUUUCCUACCGGUAUCAACUAGAACGGGAGCAGCAAGAGGUGGAUGUGCUGGAUGACCCAGAAAUAGCUGCAAUCCAGCAACGGCCAGACAGCACCAACAGCCAGGUGGGCAGACGCCUGGCCAUAAUAGGUGAUGACAUCAAUGCACGCUAUGACAAGGAUUUCUGUGAUAUGUUGAAGACACUGCAGCUAACAAAAGACAAUGCCUAUGAGUACUUCACCAGAAUUGCUAGCAGUUUGUUUGACAGCGGCAUAAACUGGGGUCGGGUGAUAGCGCUGAUGAGCUUUGGCUACAGGAUGGCAAUCCAUGUAUAUCAGCAUGGUCUGUCUGGCUUCCUGACAAGGAUUGCACACUACAUGGCUGAGUUUAUGCUUCGCAACCGCAUUGCACGGUGGAUUGCCCAGCAAGGAGGAUGGGUGGCAGCACUGGACGUAAGCAACGUUUACUUGAAAUACAUGCUGGCAGUGGCAGCUGUGGUCUUGCUCGGCCAAUUUGUGAUACGACGUUUCUUCCACCAAUGACAGGGAAAGGACAUUCAGCUGGUACCAUGACAUGCCAACUGUCAACGCACUGCCCCACAGUGAUGUUUUUGAAGAGGGGAGGAUUUGAAAAACUACCAAAGGAAACCUGAUGUGCUUUACCAGCUUCCAUUGCUAUAUGCCACCAGUUUAUUAACUGUGGAGAGUUCAGAGCAAGAAAUCCAUAGUAUGAUGUUAAAAGAAAGGCUGGAACUGAGCAUAGGACAGGAUUUAUUACUUCAAGAGACCUUGAGGACUAGUAGUAUUCACAGUGUUGUCAGAGAGAAAAGGGAAGUGGUUUCCUCCGUAUGGUCUCUUAAGAUGGACAAAUCCUUCUCCAGAACAUUCUCAGGGCCAGUUUAUCUUUACCCUUUUGCAGUUUCAGCCCUGUGGAAAGCAGAUGUACAUACAGACCAUGUGUGGCAUUUUCCCCCUCUCCCUGUAUAUAUAUUGCGAUCAGUUCUUCCCCACCCAGGAGUUUUGCUAGUGCUAUGGUAGCCAUGUGGUUGCUUUGUGGGCGGGGGGUGGGUGGGGGGAAUCACAUAGAUUUGUCUAUGAAUUUAUUUAAGGAUCAGUUGUAUAAUCGGCAUUGGCUGAGAAGGGGAAAACUUCUGGCCCAUGGAUCUAAUUGGCCUGCAGAAGUUUAGAUUACAAUCUGGUGCAUUCCCCAUGUUACCCACUACUACCAAGUUAUGGUGGGAGACAUGCAAAUCAGUACUGCUACCUUUGAUCAUUUGAUCACUUCCCGCUCUCAUCUAGUGCUUCCAGGAACCCAUUGACUUCCAUUAGGGACUCAGUUGGUUCUCAGAAGGCUCAGCCUCACUUCUUCUUCUGCCUUCCUCAUGCUGGGUGAGAACAACAGCAAACACCUCUCAUCCAGCAAGAGCUACUGGAAAUGCUGGCCAAGCAUACUUUGCCCGCACCCCUGUCCCAACAAAGAAUAGGGGCAAGGAAAACAAACUUGGUUGCUCUCAAACAGGCUUGCAAGCACGGUCUGAGCCUCAGCUGGGACUGACAUGGUGCUUGCAGGUCCUGCUGAGAGAUCAGAAUUUCCCACUACUUUCAUGUACAGGAAAGAUGCGAGGAAGCAAAGCAGGGUUUCUGGGUGGAAGGACUGCACCCAGUGUUUUGACUUCAUCCAGUGGUCACAUCUGGCAUGCAGCUGUUGGAGAUAUAUUUGGCUGGUCAACCAAAAGUAGUUCUCUGCCCUGCUUCUAGGAUCUUUGUAUUUAGGGCAGAGGUGGGCAGUGUUUGCGGGUCUCCAGUCCUGGACCUUGGAUGCCAAGGGAUGUGCCCCUCUGACCUCCCAGCACCCAUCACUCCAGAAUUACAAAGCAUGACCUCUUGCUUCCAGGGCACAAUCUGCGGUUUUGGAGGGACCUUUUUUCCCCAGGGCUUGGGUAUGGCUGGAAGCCACCUGUGAACUACAAAUUACACUUUGCACAACCCCGUAUAGAGAAUACAUAUAUUUGGGGGUGGGGAGGAGAUGCUUACAAUAUUUUGCUAGAAAUGGACUUCCCUUUCAUCAACUUAAUUAUUUCCUACACCAAAUAUAGAAGUCAGUGGAUUCCCCCCAUACACCUUAUUUUCUGCUAUUCUGCAGUGAUCCUUCUUUUCCAGUAGAGAGAGCCAAACCUCGCUAAAGGGCCUGAAUAGGAACUGGCCUCUCUUCUAUUUAAAUUCAAAGGAAACCAUUUUCCUUUCUGCAUAUGGUGCUACUGGUUUCCCCUUAAAAAAGACAUGUCGGGGAGGGGAAAGGAGCAGGUGAGAGAAGAAUAAGUUCUUUAUUAGAACUGAUGCAAGAAAGAUGAAACAUUUUGUUUCAGUUUCCAUCAUUAUCAUAUACCUUUUUGACAAUCACUAGCCAAAACUUAAGUUUGUCUUGUCUGAAUGAAGGGCAAAGAGCUCUUUACUCCUAACUAACACAUGAUUCUGAACUUCCAAUCUGCCCUGAGAAACAGGGAUGUUAUAUAGCCAUAUUUGUGCACUGUGGAGGCUCUGGUUUUGCAUACAGACAGGAGAUAGCCUUACUGAAAAUGUUAAGAGUUGCCUCUGAGUAAAUAUGGAGUGAUAAAAUUGUGCAUCCUUCUGUUUUCAGCAGGAAACAUGAAUAGGUUCUUAACUCGCCCACUGAAACCAGUGGGAUUUAGAAUUCUUAGAAUUCUUCAUGGCUGUUUCACCAAAGAUUUUAGUUGGGAAUACAGUAUCCUAAGCAGCAGAAACUGAUAAGCAUGUACAGCCAGGACUUGUUAUUCUGAGCAGUAAAUUUUUUGAAGUUCCCUGCUUGCCAUAUUCUUCCCAGACACUUCCUCAUAGCCUUCUCAUGAUGCUAGAAUUCAUUUUGUUGAUGUCUGGGAUAUGAUAGACUUCAGUGAAGCUUAGAUUUUGAACACAGAACUAUAGGUACUUUUUUCUUGCCUUACAAAGCCAUAGCACUAGACUUGCCCAAUAGCAUUUUCCCAUAUCUUUCUUUUUGUUAUUGAAAGUCUGAAGUAGAAGACUUGAACAUGCAUAUAUGUUGUGUACAUUUCUAAAAGUUCUUUUAAAAAGUCACACCAUCUAGACCUUCUGAAUGCACUUUGCAGCAGUAUCCAUUUUUAUUCGACUAUCUGAUAAUAUUUAACUAAUAAUACUCAAACCUAGAAGUAGGUCCUUUUUUAUUCCCUAAGAAACAUGCUUGCAGUGCCUUAAACCUUCAAGACAUUUUAUUUGUUUGUUUCUAGAAGUUGAUAUUUUCCAGAACCUGUGGGAAAUAAAUUGUUCCUGAAGCUCUUGGAAUUAUCAUGUAUUUUGUGAUUUUUCCUCCAUAACCUUCAGUCUUUGAAGUGAUACCUUAUGCUCACAGUGUACAGAAAAGGGGCCUUCUGUAUCCAUCUUGGGAAAUGUGCCUGAGAUUACUAGGAUGAUGAUAGUCAUAUGAUCCUGACCAAAAUGGUAGACUGUCUAGUAAAUACUAAUGGUCUGGAGCUUGGCCAUUUCUUCACUUGUGGUUUACCCUUAUUUAUCCUUAUAGUUACAUCUGUGUGGUAACACACUAAUCAUGGGCAAAAAGGGUCUGCCAGUGCUUUGUUUUGCCCAAGUCCUUUAAUGUUAUUCAGUCUGUAACAAGAACUUGGAGGAAAAAAUGGUGCUGGGUUUCUGAUGGAGCGCAAACUUCUAUUGCUAGCAAUAAGGGACUUGGAGCCUCUCUUGCACCUCCUUUCUUUCUGGAUAUGCAGUAGGGAUUUGGGGGCCAAGCUCCAUUUGUUCUGCUUGCAGAAAGGCCUUGGUGAGGCUGCAGAAAUCUUGGGGAUCCAUUGCCAAUUAGCAUCAAUAAUACUGGACCAGAUAGACGUGCGGCCUGACUGAUUAUGAGGCAGGCAGCUUCCUGUGUAUUCCUUCAACCCUUCUGAUCGUUAAGGUGAAAGGCAAAUUCUGUUUUCCCCAAUUUUUCCCAACUGUCACUUUUGCCACAGUCUCCGUUCUACCUCAAAAGUCUCAGGUUCCGAAAGGCUCCUCUUGCUCAGGCUGAAAAACCACAAAUCAGCCAUAAAAUGGUGGUGGUGCUGUAACAGGAUUACUGUCAAUUGUUCCACGUACUGUUGAGCCCUUGUGCCAUGCUGUAUUCUGAGGAGACUCUGGUACGAAAAACCAGGCUUGCUCAUUUUCAUUUGUGGUAGUGUAAGUGUCACAUACAGGGCUGGGAUGUUGGUACCAGGGCUGUCUCCUUCAGGCUGAGGAGAAUUUCCCUACCCCACUGUGGUCACUAUUGCCAGAGUGACGAUUACGCAUGGACUACAGUCAGGAGAGCAAAGCUGAGAGGGUCAUCCUUACCAUUUGUCAUACUGAAGCCGCCGCCUGAGACAGUUGAUUUUGGGUGUCAUGAAAAUGUAAUUGAUUAAUUUUAUUUGCUCAGCGUGGGGAAUGUGUGUCAAAAUAGCUUGGGCAGGCAGCAGGAUGUUUGGGCUGACUAUUUAAAACUUGUGUCCUCCAGGUGUGUUGGACUACAACUCCCAUACUUCAGCCUGCAAUGGAAUACUGGCUACGGAUGAUGGGAAUGUUGUCCAACCCAUUGUAAAGGUGCCAGGUUUUGAAAGGCUGUGCUAAAGUUUAAAAGGCCAGCUUGCAAAUGCCAAGAAAAUGUCUGCUAAACUCUCAGAAGCAGACAUGAGCCUCGUUUCCUAAGGGCAAGUUUUCAGCAGCCUGUAUUCUGCAUCUUUUUUCCCCAUUUCUGGUUAUGCUGCCAUAGGGAAGGGGAAAAUAUAUGCUGCUUAUUAAGAAAGACCCCAGUGCUUCUAGCCAUAGGCCCUGCUGCUGAAUCUACAUCUGCAGCUCUGGACACUUGUGGGUGUUUUACUUUCAAGGGUGCCGCACCUUUUAGGCGUAGAGACGGAGCUUCAUCCUUGUCAACAUGUUGACUUGAGAAAUGCUUUGGCAUAUGAAGAACACAAAAAGAAAGAAACCGCUUGUGGGAGCUCUGCACUAAUGUUUGGCUUCUCCAGGCUAGCCAUGAAUGACCAAUUCACUCCAUUUUUUUAAAGACAUGGACAUUCUGCUUUACACCUCCCUAAAAAUGUGCAAGCACCUUUUAAGUGAGGAGGGAGGAACCUCAGACCUUGGGGCCACAUCAUGUCCUCCUGAGGUCCUGAUCCAGCUCACUAUGGUUUCCUAGAUGGCUACAGCUUCUCUCUUAUGAUAUUGUGUGGGUGUGAUUUUCCAGCUUUGUGCAGUGUCAUCAUUCUGCAAGGUUGAGCUGCCUCUCCUAUGGAUAAUGAUGAUAAGAUAACCAAAAGAUGUGGAUAUUUUUGAUCCUAACCUUUUGCCUCCUGCACUGGAGUGCAGCCUCCCUGAAAUUGACUUCAAAGGAGACCCCACACACACACACACACACUUGCUUUCAGACCUCCAUCUGAGCCAUAUUAGCUAUUGUCCCUAUAGUAGAGCAUUUUAAAAACCUCCAGGCAAUACUUACAGCUGAUGUGAAUCUUGUAUCUAGGAAAGGUGAGGCUGGAAGUCUUCCAAAUGGUGACAGCUCAGCCCUCCAAACCACCUGAAUGAAUCAUGGAAUAUUGCCGGCGGAGGGAGAAAGAAUACCUUCGGAAAUGACAAUUUUGUUUUUGCAUACAUACUUGAAGCCAUAAUGUAGCUAUAAAUGGUCUCUCUUUGCUUUGUAUUAUAUUUAUCUUUCAUAGACCACAACACAGUUUUAAGCAACCCCUUGUCCUCAGGGAUUCAAAGGGAAUGAAGCCAGUGAUAUGCCCGGUACCCCUGGAACAGAGUUGGGGAACAUGUCGCUUUUCAGAUAUUCAAUUGCAACUCUCAUGAUGCUUCCCUAUUGGCUAGAGCCGAUACGAGUUAUAGUCCAACAACAGCUAAUGGGUUAUGGGUUCCCCAUCUGUGGUCUAGAUGCACCCAGAAUAUCUGCAGAUUAGGCAGGAUCUUUAUCACCUGUUUACCUUAUUCUUAGAGGUGAGAGAAAAGGAGUGCAAUCUUCAACAUCACUUCAUUCAGCUUAAUAGCUUUUAAGUGUGUGUGGAUAGGGCUUUGGAGAACUAGCAACUCUGAACUCGGUUCCUGAAUGGUGGUUUUGCUGGGGAGGUCAGAAUCACAAAUUCUAUCUGCUCUGCUUUGGGAUUUGGAACCAUACCUACCUACAGUGUAUAAUGUCAGACCUUCAUCUAGCUGUGAUUUUAAUUCUUAUUUCAAGUCUCCAGGGAAGCAGUGAGUGUGGGCUGUUUGAAUAUGGAUUGAAUAUGGAUUAAAAAGUAAUGAGAUGCUGUACGUAUCAAAAACAAUGUUCAGUUCUAUCUCCUUUGGAGAAGAAAAGUGACACCUCCACAAGGGACAUGGUGUUGCUCGUGCCCCUGAGGAUCCAGAGAAUAUGCCUCUUUCCUCACACACCUCAAAAGAAUUGGUGUGGAUGUGAAUCAGUAUGUGGCAUGUUCACGGGGAGCUAACUGUUUACUGGAAAGCUGCUUCUUUUAUGUGCUUUUUUUUAAUCCUUAAAUUGUGAAGUGCCUAGCACACUGUUGGCACUAAAAUGUUAAAUAGCUAACUGUUAAAAUGUUGUGUAACUGUAAUAUAUAUUUCAAAAUAAAAGUUU